CCAUAAUAGCGUUGCCAUCAUUCAUUUUAAUGAUCUUUCUGUCAAAUGUAAAUACAACAAAAGAUUGCACUUUUAAACCAACGGAUCUUGUGUUUGUGCUAGACGAGAGUGGAAGUGUAGGAGAAGCUAACUUCCAAUUACAAAAUCAGUUCGUUGCACAAUUGGUCGAAGGGUUCGACAUUGGAAUCAAUAACACACAAGUCGCUGUGAUUACAUUUGCUAGUACUGUGGUAACAGAGUUUUAUUUGAAUGCAUCUAACGACAAAAUUCAACUCUUGGAGAGUAUCAAACACAUUAACUACUCCCAUCCAGGGAUAACUAUGACCCACAAGGCGUUACGCACUGUCCGAAACGAAGUUUUUACUGUAGCAAACGGAAUGAGGCCCAAUGCUUUGCCCUUCGUUAUUGUGGUGACAGAUGGUAGAUCUAUGAUCCCCCCAGUAACAAUAAGAGAGGCAAAACUACUUCAUGAGCUGAAUGUAACAAUAUUUGCAAUUGGGAUUUCAAGCGAGGUCUACAUCGACGAACUUAGAGCAAUAGCCACUGAUCCAAAAGAUGUGAUCAUUGUUAAGGAUUUUCGUUCUUUGGUGCUGAUACAAGAGAAGGCUCUAAGAAGUGCAUGUAAAGCAUUAUUAAGAAACACCAAUGUCAGCAGUAACGAAACCGAAACUACAAUACCAGAUACUACAAAACAUACAAUAGCAACAACCUCAUCACCACACAAAACAACAAAAACAAGGUCUACUGUUACUACCACUUCGUCUACCAGAAAACCAACAGAAAAUACAGCUCUACAAUACAUAUCAGAAUCUAUGAGUAAAGUAACAAAAUAUUGCCAUUCAAAACCAACAGAUCUUGUGUUUGUUCUAGACGAGAGUGGAAGCGUAGGGGAUAUCAACUUCCAAUUACAAAACCAGUUCGUUGCAAAAUUGGUCGAAGGGUUCGACAUUGGAAUCAAUAACACACAAGUCGCUGUGAUUACAUUUGCUAAUACUGUGGUAACAGAGUUUUAUUUGAAUGCAUUUAACGACAAAAUUCAACUCUUGGAGAGUAUCAAACACAUUAACUACUCCCAUCCAGGGAUAACUAUGACGCACAAAGCGUUACGAACUGUCCGAAACGAAGUUUUUACUGUAGCAAACGGAAUGAGGCCCAAUGCUUUGCCCUUCGUUAUUGUGGUGACAGAUGGUAGAUCUAUGAUCCCCCCAGUUACAAUAAGAGAGGCAAAACUACUUCAUGAGCUGAAUAUAACGGUCUUUGUUAUUGGGAUUUCAAGCGAAGUAUACAUAGACGAACUUAGAGCAAUAGCCACUGAUCCAGAAGAUGUGAUCAUUGUUAAGGAUUUUCGUUCUUUGGUGUCGAUACAAGAGAAGGCUCUAAGAAGUGCAUGUAAAGCAUUAUUAAGAAACACCAAUGUCAGCAGUAACGAAACCGAAACUACAAUACCAGAUACUACAAAACAUACAAUAGCAACAACCUCAUCACCACACAAAACAACGAAAACAAGGUCUACUGUUACUUCUACUUCGUCUACAAGAAAACCAAUAGAAAAUACAACUCUACCAUACACAACAGAAUCUACGAGUAAAGUAACAAAAUAUUGCCAUUCAAAACCAACAGAUCUUGUGUUUGUUCUAGACGAGAGUGGAAGCGUAGGGGAUAUCAACUUCCAAUUACAAAACCAGUUCGUUGCAAAAUUGGUCGAAGGGUUCGACAUUGGAAUCAAUAAUACACAAGUCGCUGUGAUUACAUUUUCUUCUACUGUGGUAACAGAGUUUUAUUUGAAUGCAUUUAACGACAAAAUUCAACUCUUGGAGAGUAUCAAACACAUUAACUACUCCCAUCCAGGGUUAACUAUGACGCACAAAGCGUUACGAACUGUCCGAAACGAAGUUUUUACUGUAGCAAAAGGAAUGAGGCCCAAUGCUUUGCCCUUCGUUAUUGUGGUGACAGAUGGUAGAUCUAUGAUGCCCCCAGUAACAAUAAGAGAGGCAAAACUACUUCAUGAGCUGAAUAUAACAGUCUUUGUUAUUGGGAUUUCAAGCGAAGUAUACAUAGACGAACUUAGAGCAAUAGCCACUGAUCCAGAAGAUGUGAUCAUUGUUAAGGAUUUUCGUUCUUUGGUGUCGAUACAAGAGAAGGCUCUAAGAAGUGCAUGUAAAGCAUUAUUAAGAAACACCAAUGUCAGCAGUAACGAAACCGAAACUACAAUACCAGAUACUACAAAACAUACAAUAGCAACAACUUCAUCACCACACAAAACAACAAAAACAAGGUCUACUGUUACUACCACUUCGUCUACCAGAAAACCAACAGAAAAUACAACUCUACAAUACAUAACAGAAUCUAUGAGUAAAGUAACAAAAUAUUGCCAUUCAAAACCAACAGAUCUUGUGUUUGUUCUAGACGAGAGUGGAAGCGUAGGGGAUAUCAACUUCCAAUUACAAAACCAGUUCGUUGCAAAAUUGGUCGAAGGGUUCGACAUUGGAAUCAAUAACACACAAGUCGCUGUGAUUACAUUUGCUAAUACUGUGGUAACAGAGUUUUAUUUGAAUGCAUUUAACGACAAAAUUCAACUCUUGGAGAGUAUCAAACACAUUAACUACUCCCAUCCAGGGAUAACUAUGACGCACAAAGCGUUACGAACUGUCCGAAACGAAGUUUUUACUGUAGCAAACGGAAUGAGGCCCAAUGCUUUGCCCUUCGUUAUUGUGGUGACAGAUGGUAGAUCUAUGAUCCCCCCAGUUACAAUAAGAGAGGCAAAACUACUUCAUGAGCUGAAUAUAACGGUCUUUGUUAUUGGGAUUUCAAGCGAAGUAUACAUAGACGAACUUAGAGCAAUAGCCACUGAUCCAGAAGAUGUGAUCAUUGUUAAGGAUUUUCGUUCUUUGGUGUCGAUACAAGAGAAGGCUCUAAGAAGUGCAUGUAAAGCAUUAUUAAGAAACACCAAUGUCAGCAGUAACGAAACCGAAACUACAAUACCAGAUACUACAAAACAUACAAUAGCAACAACCUCAUCACCACACAAAACAACGAAAACAAGGUCUACUGUUACUUCUACUUCGUCUACAAGAAAACCAAUAGAAAAUACAACUCUACCAUACACAACAGAAUCUACGAGUAAAGUAACAAAAUAUUGCCAUUCAAAACCAACAGAUCUUGUGUUUGUUCUAGACGAGAGUGGAAGCGUAGGGGAUAUCAACUUCCAAUUACAAAACCAGUUCGUUGCAAAAUUGGUCGAAGGGUUCGACAUUGGAAUCAAUAAUACACAAGUCGCUGUGAUUACAUUUUUUUCUACUGUGGUAACAGAGUUUUAUUUGAAUGCAUUUAACGACAAAAUUCAACUCUUGGAGAGUAUCAAACACAUUAACUACUCCCAUCCAGGGUUAACUAUGACGCACAAAGCGUUACGAACUGUCCGAAACGAAGUUUUUACUGUAGCAAAAGGAAUGAGGCCCAAUGCUUUGCCCUUCGUUAUUGUGGUGACAGAUGGUAGAUCUAUGAUGCCCCCAGUAACAAUAAGAGAGGCAAAACUACUUCAUGAGCUGAAUAUAACAGUCUUUGUUAUUGGGAUUUCAAGCGAAGUAUACAUAGACGAACUUAGAGCAAUAGCCACUGAUCCAGAAGAUGCGAUCAUUGUUAAGGAUUUUCGUUCUUUGGUGUCGAUACAAGAGAAGGCUCUAAGAAGUGCAUGUAAAGCAACAACUUCAUCACCACACAAAACAACGAAAACAAGGUCUACUGUUACUUCUACUUCGUCUACCAGAAAACCAAUAGAAAAUACAACUCUACCAUACACAACAGAAUCUACGAGUAAAGUAACAAAAUAUUGCCAUUCAAAACCAACAGAUCUUGUGUUUGUUCUAGACGAGAGUGGAAGCGUAGGGGAUAUCAACUUCCAAUUACAAAACCAGUUCGUUGCAAAAUUGGUCGAAGGGUUCGACAUUGGAAUCAAUAAUACACAAGUCGCUGUGAUUACAUUUUUUUCUACUGUGGUAACAGAGUUUUAUUUGAAUGCAUUUAACGACAAAAUUCAACUCUUGGAGAGUAUCAAACACAUUAACUACUCCCAUCCAGGGUUAACUAUGACGCACAAAGCGUUACGAACUGUCCGAAACGAAGUUUUUACUGUAGCAAAAGGAAUGAGGCCCAAUGCUUUGCCCUUCGUUAUUGUGGUGACAGAUGGUAGAUCUAUGAUGCCCCCAGUAACAAUAAGAGAGGCAAAACUACUUCAUGAGCUGAAUAUAACAGUCUUUGUUAUUGGGAUUUCAAGCGAAGUAUACAUAGACGAACUUAGAGCAAUAGCCACUGAUCCAGAAGAUGCGAUCAUUGUUAAGGAUUUUCGUUCUUUGGUGUCGAUACAAGAGAAGGCUCUAAGAAGUGCAUGUAAAGCAUUAUUAAGAAACACCGAUGUCAGUAGUAACGGAACCGAGACUACAAUUACAGUAACCACGAAACAUAUAAUAGCAACAACAUCAUCACCACACAAAACAACGAAAACAAGGUCUACUGUUACUUCUACUUCGUCCACCAGAAAACCUAUAGAAAUUAUAACUCUACCGUACACAACAGAAUCUACGAGUAAAGUAACAAAAUAUUGCCAUUCAAAACCAACAGAUCUUGUGUUUGUUCUAGACGAGAGUGGAAGCGUAGGGGAUAUCAACUUCCAAUUACAAAACCAGUUCGUUGCAAAAUUGGUCGAAGGGUUCGACAUUGGGAUCAAUAACACACAAGUCGCUGUGAUUACAUUUUCUUCUACUGUGGUAACAGAGUUUUAUUUGAAUGCAUUUAACGACAAAAUUCAACUCUUGGAGAGUAUCAAACACAUUAACUACUCCCAUCCAGGGUUGACUAUGACGCACAUAGCGUUACGAACUGUCCGAAACGAAGUUUUUACUGUAGCAAAAGGAAUGAGGCCCAAUGCUUUGCCCUUCGUUAUUGUGGUGACAGAUGGUAGAUCUAUGAUGCCCCUAGUAACAAUAAGAGAGGCAAAACUACUUCAUGAGCUGAAUAUAACAGUCUUUGUUAUUGGGAUUUCAAGCGAAGUCUACAUAGACGAACUUAGAGCAAUAGCCACUGAUCCAGAAGAUGUGAUCAUUGUUAAGGAUUUUCGUUCUUUGGUGUCGAUACAAGAGAAGGCUCUAAGAAGUGCAUGUAAAGCAUUAUUAAGAAACACCAAUGUCAGCAGUAACGAAACCGAAACUACAAUACCAGAUACUACAAAACAUACAAUAGCAACAACCUCAUCACCACACAAAACAACGAAAACAAGGUCUACUGUUACUUCUACUUCGUCUACCAGAAAACCAAUAGAAAAUACAACUCUACUAUACACAACAGAAUCUACGAGUAAAGUAACAAAAUAUUGCCAUUCAAAACCAACAGAUCUUGUGUUUGUUCUAGACGAGAGUGGAAGCGUAGGGGAUAUCAACUUCCAAUUACAGAACCAGUUCGUUGCAAAAUUGGUCGAAGGGUUCGACAUUGGAAUCAAUAACACACAAGUCGCUGUGAUUACAUUUGCUAAUACUGUGGUAACAGAGUUUUAUUUGAAUGCAUUUAACGACAAAAUUCAACUCUUGGAGAGUAUCAAACACAUUAACUACUCCCAUCCAGGGUUAACUAUGACGCACAUAGCGUUACGAACUGUCCGAAACGAAGUUUUUACUGUAGCAAAAGGAAUGAGGCCCAAUGCUUUGCCCUUCGUUAUUGUGGUGACAGAUGGUAGAUCUAUGAUGCCCCCAGUUACAAUAAGAGAGGCAAAAUUACUUCAUGAGCUGAAUAUAACGGUCUUUGUUAUCGGGAUUUCAAGCGAAGUAUACAUAGACGAACUUAGAGCAAUAGCCACUGAUCCAGAAGAUGUGAUCAUUGUUAAGGAUUUUCGUUCUUUGGUGUCGAUACAAGAGACUUUUCUAAGUACUGCAUGUGAAGAUACGGGCCCGUGUGGGCUAAUGUUUAUAACAUCGUGGUCGUCAUUGAUUUUUGUGGGGUUUUUGUUUACUGCAAAAGCCUCCAAAGAUUGCACUCCAAAACCAACGGAUCUUGUAUUUGUUCUUGACGAGAGUGGAAGCGUAGGGGAUAUCAACUUCCAAUUACAAAAUCAGUUUGUUGCAAAAUUGGUUGAGGGGUUCGACAUUGGAACCAAUAACACACAAGUUGCUGUGAUAACAUUCUCUUCCGAAGUGGUGGUAGAGUUUUACUUGAAUGCAAUCCACGACAAACAACAACUCUUGGAGAGUAUCAAACACAUUAACUACUCCCAUUCCGGGUUAACUAUGACCCACAGAGCGUUAAAUUCUGUCCGAAACGAUGUUUUUACUGUGGCAAAUGGAAUGAGACUCAAUGCCUUACAUUUUGUAAUUGUGUUGACAGAUGGUAGAUCUAUGUCGUCCCGAGCUACACUUAACGAAGCAAAGCUACUCAGUGAUAUGAAUAUAACGGUUUUUGCUAUUGGAAUUUCAAAUGAAGUCAAUGAAGUCGAGCUUCGAGGAUUAGCCUCUGAUCCAAAAGAUGUGAUUAUUGUUAAGGAUUUUGAUUCUUUGAUGUCGAUACGAAAUCAGGCCUUAAAUAGUGCAUGUGAAGCUUUAAAGAAGAGAGAUAAAGAUUAUAACUCAAUGAAAGUCACAACAGACACGGUUUUUGAAAUAAGUACAGGAUCUUUUACAACUGCAACAAUGACAACAGUAGCUCCAACUAUCGGUUCAACCAAGCCGACAACAACAAGUUUUGAAGAAAAAUAUCCAUCUUUCAAUUUGAUAGCAAACUCCAGUUCAUACAACUUUGAUUUUGAGAAUGUCUCUUCGUGCUAUCUUUUAUUAAAUUUACCGAAUUCCAAUACAUCGUGGAAUAUAGGCAAUGAAACAACUAUUGCACAGAUCAGAAAUGCAACAAAUAAUCACGCGUUUCAAAAUGCAUCUGGUCAGUUUGCGUACGUCGACGGAUCCUCAAUGCAACCAAACAAUACAGCGUGUAUCAGCACGCAAACUAUGCAUUCAACUCUGAACCAAACAAUUUGUCUCCAGUUCUACUUUCAAAUGUUUGGAAAUGAUACUAAGACGCUAAAGGUUUAUAAAACAAAUGGUUCGCUUUUAUUGGACGACGCGACGUGUAUAUGGCAGGAAUCUAUGAUGUCCACACAUGAUUGGAGCUUUGCUCAGGCUGAAUUUAAUUUAUCUUCAACUGGACGGAUCGUGUUUGAAGCAAUGAGCACACCAGAUGGAAACGGAUUUGCAAUUGAUAACAUCACACUAUCUGCCUGGCAAUGCCCACUAUUUCCCGAGUCAUCGAUACAACCGCAGAUGAUAAGCACCAAGGCAUCAAUAAAAGAAGCUUCUACAACGGACAGUUCAACAACGCCAAAAACACCGAAAGUUUCUGACCAUUCAAGCACAGGCAAUGAAUACUGGACUGACUUUAUAACAGGCACUCCCUCGAUACAACCGCAGAUGCUAAGCAGAAAGGCAUCAACAAAAAAAGCUCCCACGAAGGACAGUUCAACAUCGCCUCUAUCAGCGAUAUUUCCUGCCUAUUCAAGCACUGACUAUGGAUACUGGACUGAGUCUUCAUCGUUGCCACCAAAUAUUGCAUUUCACUCUGGCAAGCCCUCGACACAACUCUAUAGAACUAGCAGCCAGACAACACAGACAACAACAAGAACGACUACAUCAGACCCACCAACAAUGCAUCCAGUAGCAAAACCCACCUAUUCCAGCACUGACAAUGUGUACUGGACCGAUUCCUCUUCGACUUAUUCGAGUAAUUUUGCAAUAUUUGGAGAAGGCACUUCAACAUUUACCUCAGACAAAAGCACAAAAACAUCGACAAGAAUUCCAAAUGCUUUCAAUGCCAUUUUGUCAAAGACAACACCGACACAAACGUCAAAAAGUCAUACCACAAAGAAAAUUGUAACUACCAAUCCCAUCCCCAGGACUACAAAAAAUUCAAAUAAAAAACCAGACAGAUUUACAAGAAAGCUGAUUUCAAAUACCCGAACAACUACACCCAGUGGCGAAAGAACAAGUUCAUCUGUUUUAAACGGCAAGCUGUCUCACCCACAUUCACGAUUUUCAAUCCCUGGAUAUUUUCAGUUUAUUGAGGUUGGCCUCAUUGCAAUUACGACCAUUGUUGCCAUGGGACUUCUUGGGUGCUGCUGCCUUAGGUUUUGUGGAGGUAAACGCAGUGAAGAUGACGAUGAAGAUGAAAAGGAAAAGGAAGCGAAAUCAAUACAACCAGCAUGGAAAGAGAACCAAAGAUCUCCGAUAUCAAAGCCUAAUAGGUGGACGGACGACUUUUAACAUUUCACAAUACAUAAAUAAUGUGUCUUAAAAGUUAGCAAAGUUUCGAGAUCGUGUGUCAUUUGUUUGGUUUAAAAAAUGUUGGACAAAGCGAUAUUUAAUAAUUUUACUUAAUUAUUUACUAUAACAACAUGUUAUUUGCUGAUUUGAAAUUAUUACAAGUAUUUUUAUUUGUGUGAAACAAGCUGGAUUUUAUUCAACCUACACCUACCGGUAUAUCUCUUUGGGUUUAAGGAGCAAACAAUAUGCAUUAAUUGAUCUUUUGACAUAUCAAAUGAAAUGACAUUAAUAUGUUUCUUGUUCAUGUUGCAUUGUAGUGUAAAUAAAAAAAAUGCGUUAA